GUGUGCUGGUGCAACAUGUAAAAUAAUUUGUUCAGGUGAACAGAAUAACUUGUUUAUCCACACAUUCAAUUAAUUUGCUAUUGCAUCUACUUGAGAUGUCAGAAGGAGCAAUUGGGAUGAAAAACUUGGUUGAACAGGUUGCAUGCUAAAGAGAGGGAGGUAGAGGUUUGAAAUUAUUUAAGGAAAAAGGACUGAAGCACUGUUGAAAGCAAGGCUACCAAGUUGGGUGAAAGAAUUCAGCAACAAAAUGAGCCUCAAAUCAUCUGAAAAAUGUUUGGUGAAAAGGAUGUCUUUUGAUCAAUUUUAUUGGUGAUUAGUUGCAAAAAGCUAAUUGUGCUUUCCAGUGCUCAAUUUGUAACUUGGCAUAGAACCAUAGAACACUACAGCACAGUACAGGCCCUUCAGCCCUCCAUGUUGUGCUGACCCAUACAAUCCUUAAAAAAAGUACUAAACCCACACUACCCCAUAACCCUCUAUUUUUCUUUCAUCCAUGUGCCUGUCCAAGAGGCUCCUAAAUACCCCUAAUGUUUUAGCCUCCACCACCAUCCCUGGCAAGUCAUUCCAGGCACUCACAGCCCUCUGUGUAAAAAAAAAACUUACCCCUGAUGUCUCCCCUAAACUUCCCUCCCUUAAUUUUGUACAUAUGCCCUCUGGUGUUUGCUAUUGGUGCCCUGGGAAACAGGUACUGACUAUCCAUCCUAUCUAUGCCUCUCAUAAUCUUGUAGACCUCUAUCAAGUCCCCUCUCAUUCUUCUACGCUCCAUAGAGAAAAGUCCCAGCUCUGCUAACCUUGCUUCAUAUGACUUGUUCUCCAAACCAGGCAACAUCCUGGUAAAUCUCCUCUGCACCUUCUCCAUAGCUUCCACAUCCUACCUAUAAUGAGGUGACCAGAAUUGAAUGCAAUAUUCUAAGUGCGGUCUCACCAGAGAUUUGUAGAGUUGCAACAUGACCUCUCUACUCUUGAACUCAAUCCCCCUGUUAAUGAGGCCUAGCAUCCCAUAGGCCUUCUUAACUACCCUAUCAACCUAUGCAGGGACCUUGAGGGAUGUAUGGAUUUGAAUUCAAAGGUCCCUUUGUUCAUCCACACUCUUAAGUAACUGACCAUUAAUCCUGUACUCAGUCUUCUGGUUUGUCCUUCCAAAAUGCAUCACCUCACACUUGUCCAGAUUGAACUCCAUCUGCCAUUUUUCUGCCCAACUCUGCAGCCUGUCUAUAUCCUCUUGUAACCUUCAACAACCUACAGCUCCAUCACACAACUCCUCCAAACUUCGUGUCAUCCGCAAACUUACUCACCCAUCCUUCCGCCUCUACAUCCAGGUCAUCUAUAUAAAAAAAAAUAGCAGGGGUCCCAGGAUAGAUCCCUGUGGCACUCCACUAGUCACCGACCUCCAGGCAGAAUACUUUCCUUCCAUAACUACUCUCUGGUUUCUUCCUUUAAGCCAAUCUUUUAUCCAAACAGCCAAGGUUCCACCUAUCCCAUUCCUCAUGACUUUCUGGAUGAGUCUCUCAUGAGGGACGUUGUCAAAUGCUUUGCUGAAGUCCAUGUAGACCACAUCCACUGUCCUACCCUCAUCAAUUUCUUUUGUCACCUCUUCAAAAAACUCAAUCAGGCUUGUGAGGCACGAUCUUCCCUUCACAAAGCCAUGUUGACUAUCCAUGAGAAGACUGUACUUCUUCAAAUGCUCAUCUAUCCUAUCCUUAAGAAUCUUUUCCAGUAGUUCGCAUACCACCGAUGUAAGACUCACCGGUCUGUAGUUCCCAGGUUUCUCCCUAUUACCUUUUUUAAACAAGGGAACUACAUUUGCCAUUCUUCAGUCCUCUGGCACUUCCCCUGCAGCCAAAGAGGUUUCAAAGAUCACAACUAAUGCUCCUGCGAUCUCUCCUCUCAAUUCCCACAACAACCUGGGGUGUAUCAUAUCCGGCCCUGGGGAUUUAUCAAUCUUAAUGUUUUUAAGAAGGUCGAGCACUUCUUUUUUAAUCUCCACAUUGUCCAGCACACAGGCCCACUCUACUUCGACGUCAUCCUGAUCAAGAUCCUUUUCACUUGUGAAUACUGAAGCGAAGUAUUCAUUUAGGACCUCCCCAACCUUCUCUGCCUCCAGGCACAUGUUGCCCUCUUUAUCCUUUAGCAGUCCCACCUUCGUUCUCACCAUCCUCCUAUUCUUCACGUAUGCAUAGAGCACCUUGUUCUCCUUAAUCCUACAUUACAAGGCCUUCUCAUGCCUCUUUUGAGCUCUCCUAAGUCCUUUCUUUUGCUCCUUCCUAUCUACCCUAUAUUUCUCAUAAGUGCCUCCUACUUCCUGCUUCUUAUAUCUAACAUAUGCUUCCUUUUUCCUCUUGACGAGUUGCCUCGCGUGUUUCGUCAGCUACGGUUCCCUUCUCCUACCAUUUUUUCCUUGCCUCAGUGGGACAAACCUAUCCUGAACCCAGCUCAAGUGGUCCCUAAACUUCUCCCACAUUACUUCUGUGCUUUCCCCUUUGAACAUCUGUUUCCAAUUUACUCUCGCUAGUUCCUGCCUCAUCCCUUCAAAGUUAGCCCUUCCCCAGUUAAGCACUGUACCAUUUUGUCUGAUUUUAUCCCCGUUGAACAUGUUGAGCCAUCUUGAGUACUAACCUAUUCCUAUUAAUGCAGUAGGCGAUUUCUGUUUUAAACCAUUUAGGCAGUGAGUUAUAGGUUUAUAACUCAGUGAUUGGGGAAAAAUAUCCUCUGUUCUCUUCUAGAGAAUGUGUCUUUCCUUUCUGAUUAUUUAGUGCAGUGUAUCUUAACUAUGCAACUAAUACAAUAACACUAUGGAGCAGUAUCCAUCACUGGAUCUAGAAUUUAUUGACCUUUCGAAAGGCGGAUCAUUUACAAUCUCCUUUACAAAUUUGGCCCCUCAUGAAAUUGUCAGAAUCCUUUUGUCUGGUCCACAAUUACAUGCUAUUUGUGAUUCUUGUUAAUGGAUCCAACACAGAUCCGCUUGCAGAUUGGGGUCAUUGCACCAACCCUCCUCUAAUCUUCAUUGUUACAAUGCUUCCUUCAAUAAGCUUUCUGCUUGGCUGGAGUUAAUCCAUAGGGAGAGCUGGAAACGAUACGUAUUUUCUUCCAUUUCAGAACCAGGAUCAUCUGAACCUUGGCUGUUAAGUUGCUGUACAAGGAUGACAACUCUUUAAUCAUGGACAAGGUGAAGAAAGGUUCCAAAAGGAAGCGAAUUACUGAUGAGGCUGGUGAACCAGCUAAGAGGCGCUCUGCUCGAGUGAGAAAUACUAAGUGCAAGAAAGAAGAGAAGAUAGAUUUUCAGGAAUUGCUGGUCAAGUUCCUACCUUCAAGGUUGAAAAGGGUAGAACUGGAGGAUGAAGAAGAUGCUUUUAACACUUUUGAAGUACAGACAGAAUUGAAAAAGGAAAGUCAACAACUAAUGGGCCCUUAUAGAAUGCAAUCUGACCCUUCAUCUUUCAUGGAAUUUGAAAAGCAAGAAGUUCAUAAGUUCUUACUGAAUAAUCUAAAGAAUGGAGGGAUACUGGAUCUAAUGCUAAAAUAUUUAAAAGUUCUUGGUCAGAAGUUCUUGGCAAAAUGGCCACCUAAACUGACAGAAGUUGUCCUUUCGAUCUACAACAACUGGAGGAAACACUGCAGCAGUCUGCCCAAUCCUAUCCUGAGAGAGUGCAGCAACCAGCACAUUAAGGACAUGAUGGUGAUGUGCCUAAUAUGUAUGGAGCUACAACUCGAUCAGUGGCUUCUGACAAAGUCAAAAAGUACCACAGUUUCCCCUCGGAAAUGUACCUCUAGCAACACAGCAGCGCAAUUGGGUCCUGAUUUUCCGGGAAGCCAUUAUUUGGGGGACCUAAUUCAAUUGGCCUUCACUUCCUCUCAGAGGGAUCUGUUCGAGAAUGACUGGCUGGUGUUUGUUGUUCAAGUGUACUGGUUGAAAGCCCGCUUCAUGGCAUUGCAGGGUGAUAUGGAACAAGCUCUGGAGAGCUAUGAUAUCUGCACAAGUUUGUUUUGCAGUUCAUUGGGAAUUAAGAUGGGCAGCAGGAGUGGUGAUGGUUUCACUAUCAGACUGCCGAAUUUACAUGUGGAUUCUGCCAUAUCGUUGGAAGAGAUUGAUAAAAAACUUAAAUCACUUGAGAGGUGCCAAAGCCUAGAGGAGGUUCAGCGGCUGUACGAAAUGGGUGAAUAUGACCAAGUUGUGAAACUGUUGCGACCCACAUUGUCCCUUGGUGCAAUUGGUAGAACAAAACCCCUGGAAUUCACUACAUCCAUUCCUGAGCGACCUGCUCAGCUCCUCCUGCUACAGGAUUCCUUACUAAAGCUGAAAGAUUAUCGGCAGUGCUUGGAAUGUUCUGAAGUUGCACUGAAUGAAGCCAUUCAACAGAUGAAUAAUGUGUCAUCUUCAUCCUCAAAGGAAGAGUGGGUUUCAACGGUGACUCAGCUGUUAACUGGGAUUGACUAUUCUUUGUCUGGUGACAGCAGUAUUCUGGAGGAGCAGGCUAUGAACCCUUGCUUUGUCAGAUUUGCUAAUAAUCUGAUACAGAUAAUUGACAACAGUAUGGGGUUAUCAGAAGAUGCCAAAGAACCCAAUGUGUCAUCAGUUCUACCUUGGAUAACCUUGUACAGAAUCAUAAAGCAUGAAGAGGAUGAGUUUGACACACUCCGCCGGCAGCAUUGUAAAAGUGAAGACUCUGAUCCUGAAACUCCAAUGCUGCCUUCGUCUCUAAUGCUACUGAACACAGCACAUGAAUAUCUCGGACGGAGAUCCUGGUGCUGUAACUCUGAUGGAGCGUUGCUGAAGUUCUACGUUCGAGUUCUUCAGAAGGAGUUGUCUGCUUCAAAAGCUGAAGAUGCUCACCCUUUCAAAGAGGAGCUGGAGACUGCACUUGAACAAUGUUUUUACUGUCUCUAUGCCUAUCCCAGCAAGAAAAGUAAAGCCAGGUAUUUGGAGGAACACUCUGCUCAGCAGGUUGAACUGGGUUGGGAUGAUGCAGAAUUCAUGUUUGAUUAUUUCAAACCCAAGAAUUACCCAGAAUUUGACAGUUACAAGACCAGCACGGUGUCUGCAGAUUUGGCAAAUCUCUUGAAGAAGAUUGCUGCAAUAGAUCGUGAUGAAGAUAAUCUACCUCUCUCUAUAGAGAGUGUAACAGCAUACAUUGAAGGCUCUGUUGACACGGUGCCAGUGCUCCCUGAAGGUGCAGAUUCUGGGCUUCCUCUUGUCAAUGAAUUGUAUUACCUCUUAGCUGAUUAUCAUUUCAAGAACAAAGAACAGGCCAAAGCUAUUAAAUUCUAUAUGCAUGACAUUUGUGUCUGCCCAGGCAGGUUUGAUUCUUGGGCAGGCAUGGCUCUGGCUCGAGCUAGCCGUAUCCAAGACAAGCUGAACUCAAAUGAGUUGAAGAGCGAUGGACCCAUCUGGAAACACUCCGUUGCUGUUUUGAACUGCUUUAAGCGGGCACUUGAGAUAGAUCGCACCAAUCUCUCACUCUGGAUUGAAUAUGGCUCCAUGUCCUAUGCACUGCAUUCAUUUGCUUCACGCCAGCUGAAACAGUGGAAAACAGAGUUGCCUUCGGAAGUUGUACAACAGAUGGAAGAAAGAAGAGACAGCAUGCUUGAGACAGCCAAGCAAUGUUUCCUCUCAGCAACACACUGUGAAGGUGAUGGCGAUGAGGAGGAAUGGCUCAUUCACUACAUGUUGGGUAAAAUAGCAGAAAAACAGAAACUGCCACCAAAAGAAUACUUGGAACAUUACAAGCAGGCAGCACGUAACCUACACGAGGAUGCAGCGCAUUACCCACGGAAAAUCCAUUACCAUAAUCCACCAGAUCUAGCAAUGGAAGCUCUAGAGGUGUACUUCAGGCUUCAUGCCUCAAUCCUUAAACUGCUGGAGAAGGAUGAAGUGACUGUGGAUUGUGAGAUGCUCUUCAGCUACAUAAAAGAAGCAGCACAUGGACCUUUUGCCAGAGGUGAAGAGAAGAGUACUUUUAAAGUAAAUGAAAAGGAAAAGUCCUGUACAAAUGAUGAUGAUUCCCAUUCUUCCAUUGGAACCAUGCAAGGUCAAGGAAACCUUACCUCGGGUCCAGGUCUGACAUCCCCACCUUACACAGCCACUCCGACUGACCACGAUUACAUCAAACGUAAAAUCCCCCAUCAGCAGGCUUCAAUUGAUGAGAGGAGUCAAGAUAGCGUGAUUUUGGUACUGUCUGAUUCUAGCUCAACGCAGGACAUCUUUACAGAUGCAGCCAGUUCCCAGGACAGUAGCAAGAAAAUCCACUCUGGUAAAGGUAGUUCUUCUUCUUCUUCAACUGUGGAAGCUACUGCAUUACCUAGGGAAAACCAUGGAAAACUGGAGGAAGAAGACUUUGGGUUACGAAUGUCUUCAGAGGAUCGCAGAGGAGAUGGUGCAGCAAUUACAGAAGCCAUUGAUGCUUUGACUUUGAGGUUGGCAGAACGUACAGGUAACAGAGCACCCGUGGAGAGCACCAUACCAUCAAGGGAGAAUUAUAGGAAGUUGGAAGAAGAGGAUUCUGUUGGAAGAGUAUGCUCUGAACUCUGUCGAGGAGGCAAUGUAGAAAUCAGUGAAGGCAUAGAUGCUCUGGCUUUGAGACUGGCAGCACAAGCAGGGGCAAAGUUGCACACUGAGUCACAGAGUCAGAGUAGUAGCAUCAGUACUGCUGUUGUCCCUUCCACCAGGAUCACCUCAUCAUCUCUCUGUGACUCAAAAAAGAAAACAACUGAACCAUCAGGAGAUAUGAAAGACACCUAUAGACUGGAGGACCUCCCUCAGAGCUUGCCAGGAGAUGAGAGAGAGCAGCGUUGGGUCUUAAUCGAACAGUGCAUUAGAGCCUUGCAUCUGUGUCUCUGUCGAUUCCCUCAACACUACAAGAGUCUCUACAGGCUGGCAUAUCUGUAUAUCUAUAGCAAAACGCACAAGAAUCUGAACUGGGCUCGAGAUGUGUUGCUAGGUGUUACUGUUCCAUGGCAACAGUUGAAGCACAUGCCAGCACAAGGACUCUUUUAUGAGAGGAACAAGACAAAUUUUUUUAAUGGAAUCUGGCGUAUUCCUGUAGAUGAAAUCGACCGUCCUGGCAGCUUUGCUUCACAUAUGAACCGUUCAAUUGUCAUCUUACUUGAUGUUUUAUCACAACUGAAGGACCAUAAUACUCUGUUGAGAGUAUCUUCCAUGCUUCAAAGGACACCUGACCAAGGAAAAAAAUAUUUACGUGAUGUGGAUCGUCAAGUGCUUGCCAAGCGGGCAUUAAUAUUGACAGUAAAAGUGCUUGAGGACAACUUAAAGAAAUUAUCUGGGGUAUCCGAAGAUCAGGUUCCAAAAUCAAUAAUUCCUCCAAUGGGGGAAAUGACAUCGGAUGUUUCAAACAAGCCAAAUGCUGAGGAGCACAAAGGUGAUGUGGCAAAAAAGCCCACCAUCACUGAGGGGCCUUUAAAAAAUACAGAAAAUGGAGUAAAGGAUAUUCCAAGGGACCAAACUCCCAAGUGCAUGGAGAUGGAACAAGAUGCAGUUCUGAGUGAGUUCACUGGCACAGGUGAACCAAUGGAACUUGACAGCUCUGCACAAGGGAAAUUGGAGUUCUCAUUCAAGCCUCCUGGUGGUUUGGAUACAGACCACAACAAAACUGUUGGCCUCACUGAGGGGAAGGGCUCUGAAUGCAGACCUGCUGAACUUUCUUUGGAGGAGCUGAGCAUCAGUUCAAAACAGCAAGGAUCAACAGGGUCAUCAUACAUUGUGGCCAACCAAAUGGUCAGAAAAAUGGGCAGGAAGAGAAAACUGAUAGAUGACACUGAAUCCGGGAAAACUCUACUGCUGGAUGCAUACAGAGUCUGGCAGCAAGGUCAAAAGGUUAUGACUGUUGAUCUUGGGAAGAUUGAGAAAAUCAUGUCAGAGACCUACAUGCUGAUCAAGCAGGUUGAUGAAGAUGUGGCUUUAGAACAAGCCAUGAAGUUCUGCCAACUGCAAAUGGCCACAUCAACACAGAAGCAGUCUGGAGAGACGCCAACCACGCCAAAAUAUUCCAAGGACUGUAAGGAAAGCUUCUUCCCUUCUACAUCCAGCACCAUAUCCCCAUCUGCUCCCACUUUGACGACGCCCAGCACAGUGGUGUCUGAGAAUGUCAGGCCAGCUGAUUUGCAACCUAAAAUGAGGUUAAGCCACAUGGUCCAAGGAGAAACACGAGAUGCUGAGGCCACACCACUGCCAACAGGGCGGGACACCGAACCCCAAACUACAGCUCCAACAGAGAUACAUUCCAGUACGGCGUAUCUCACUCAAGAUGAGGACUCUGAGGAACCUUUAGAAGAGCUAAGCUAUCGGCAUCAGGAGACUCACUUGUGCCAACAGAUGAAAAUGGCAACAGUCACUUCAUCCCACGAAACCGCUCGCUGGCAGGAAGAGGGCAAUUACACUCAACCAAAUGAGGGCUUGCACCCUGAACAUUGCUCGAGUCACACUUCCAGCUCGGUAAGUGAGCCCACUACCACCUCAGCUUCCCAGACUUGCAAAGGAGAUGGCAGUCGGAUAAAGUCACGUGUUCCUCCAAACAUGCCAAAACUCUUCAUCCCAUCAUCUGUGGCAAAGUUUCCACCAGAGAUAACAGUCACACCACCUACCCCUACCCUCUUGUCUCCAAAAGGCAGUGUCUCUGAGGAAACCAAGCAAAAGUUAAAGAUUGCCAUUCUGUCUGCACAGUCUGCUGCCAAUGUGAAGAAAGAGGCUCUGCGGCAGCCAGCCCUAGAGAUCCUGGAGACAUCGAGCCAAGAGUCUUCAUUGGAAAGUGACACUGAUGAUGAGGAAGAUGACUACAUGGACAUAUGACUGGAUUCUCAAGCUGCAGCUAUGGGCAGCUAAAUGAGGAGGAUCUACAUAUACUGUUGUAAAAAUAAAUGGCAGUACAAUUUUCUAUGUGAGACGGGAGAGCGUGAUACUUUCUUUGAAGCUCAUUGGAUAAGUUUGUAGCAUUCUCUUGCCAGUGUUGGCUGUUGUAAAUAUUAAAAGCACCAUGGCAGCGAGCCUUUGAGCCUCACUGGAUUCUUUGUUUCUAACUUCAAGGGAAGGCUCAGACCUUUCUGGAGGAGAAAUGUUGAUUUAUUUUGGAAGAGCAGAUUUAACUGCAUUCAGGGUCGAGACUCAACCGUUGGAACAGUCCCCUUUCUGACCCGGGAGCUUGUUCCCUCACCGAGUUUCCAGUCCAGUCUUUGGGUGGAAAAUCUGAAGUAAGGACAUCCAAAAACAGUCACUUAUGGCAGACACCAAGCAAAAGGUAUACUUUAAUGAUUAACAGGGGAUGGAGAAUGGUGGAAAUAUGAUCGGUCUGUAAUACUGAGGGCCUGCCAGCUGUUCCUAGCUAUUCCCAGCUUUCCUGGUGUAGUUUCUGCUGGGCUCUUUAGACCUCUUUAGAGCCCGCCUUGAAUUAGUAAGUGCAGGUCACACGGUUUAGAAUGGUUUGGGAUUUGGGUUCGUUUUCCUAUAGAUUCUGCUAACUUCUUGUAAGAUAAUGCACUUAACUUUCCUCCUUGCAUCAUAGCUGAAGUCGGGCAUUACAUAAAUGUAAUGGGGGAGAGGAUUUCAAUAAUUCCUAUCACUUUUAUACUGAAUCUCUUUCUGCCUUGCAACUUUUUAAAUCAUAAAUGGAUAAAUGUUAGUUUCCUUUGCAUGAUGUUAGUCAAUACUUUAGUUGCAGAUACAUCUGUAUAUCUUAGAGCUCAGUGAACCUAAGCCUGCACUCAGUGCUAGAUCCGGGAGUCUGGAACGGGGGGGUGGGUUACUGGGAAAUGUUGAGCAGGUAAAGAUCGAGAUGUCAUUGUCCAAUUCAACAGCAAGUUUUUUCAGGAAGUUUCUUCAGUAAUAUCUCUUUCUAUUUAAUAAUUAGAAGGUCACGCAAACCCAUGCAAGCUCGAGUUUCAGAUUUUUUUGGGAGGAAGCAACUCACAAGAAGGGAAAAGUCACACAGAGCAACAUUCUUUCAAAAAAGAGAGGUAGAGUUUUGAAUUUGUAGUCAGUGUCAGCCCAAGACCCAGAAAGAGGAUGGAGAGCCGGCUCAAAACAACUCUGUAGCCAGUCAUCCAAUUUGCUGGUCUAUUUUGAUUCACUAAUGUAACAACAAAUAUCUAUGCCAGGUCAAUGAAUACUUAUGGAAUCUGAAACUAAUAGCACACUCAGUCACAUUGUGUCAAACAAGAAAAUAUUACCAAGGUCUGAUGUGUUGAGAAUGGCUGAUAGUGUAUAUAUAUUAGCAACUGUCCACCUUCAUUUUUGUCUCACUCCUAAUGUUCUGGGCCAGAUCUUACUGCAGUGGAGCUGUAAAUUAGAGUUUCCAGCAUUCUUUAAACCCAUUCUAUUUUUCUGCAUAAUUAAUGGCACUGUUUGGGCAACAGAGCAUCUCAGUGUAUCCUUAAACAGAAAUUUGAGAAAGCCACAGGGGGAUGGGGGAUGGAAUUCUUUUUCAGAUUUUUUUUUCAAAAAGGGAUUAUUUUUUGAUAAAGGGAAAGAAAGAUUAUGUUAAGAGAAAAGAUGAUGGAAACAGAAAGCAAGUUUAAAACAUCUUAAUUCUCUAAACCAGGGUUUUUCAAAUGUGAUUCCAUGAGAGGUCACUAAGAGGUCAACAAGAGAUGGUGAUGAAGAAAAAAAUGUUUUUUGAACCUAGCACAAUGCACGGUGUUAGCAUGGUGGGCAGUGACCGAGCAGCCCAGUUAGCAAUCUCGUUAGAAGUCUCAGCUCAGUAUGGCAGGCGCAGUAGGACUGUGCUUACAGUGGCAUGCAAAACUUUGGGCAUUCAUGGUCAAAAUUUCUGUUACUGUGAAUAGCUAAGUGAGUAAAAGAUGACCUGAUUUCCAAAAGGCAUAAGUUAAAGAUGACACAUUUAUUUAAUAUUUUAAGCAAUAUUACUUUGUUAUUUCCAUUCUUUUACAGUUUCAAAAUAACAAAAAAUGAAAAGGGCCUGAAGCAAAAGUUUGGGCACCCUGCAUGGUCAGUACUUAGUAACACCUCCUUUGGCAAGUAUCACAGCUUGUAAAUGCUUUCUGUAGCCAGCUAAGUCUUUCAAUUCUUGUUUGGGGGAUUUUUGCCCAUUCUUCAUUGCAAAAGGCUUCUAGUUCUGUGAGAUUCUUGGGCCAUCUUGGGCCUUCUCUUUUGAUGUCUGUCCACAGAUUUUCGAUGAUGUUUAGGUCUGGGGACUGUGAGGGCCAUGGCAAAACCUUCAGCUUGCACCUCUUGAGGUAGUCCAUUGUGGAUUUUGAGGUGUGUUUAGGAUCAUUACCCUGUUGUAGAAGCCAUCCUCUUUUCAUCUUCAGCUUUUUUACAGACGCAACACAAGCCCAAAGCAUGAUCGAUCCACCCCCGUGCUUAACAGUUGGAGAGGUGUACUUUUCAUGAAAUUCUGCACCCUUUCUUCUUUAAACAUAGCUAAAGUUCUAUUUUAACUUCAUCAGUCCACAGGACCUGUUUCCAAGAGCCAUCAGGCUUGUUUAGAUGUUCCUUUGCAAACUUCUGAUGCUGAAUUUUGUGGUGAGGAUGCAGGAAAGGUUUUCUUCUGAUGACUCUUCCAAGAAGCUCAUAUUUGUGCAGGUGUUACUACACAGUGGAACAGUGCACCACCACUCCAGAGUCUGCUAAAAUCAAAAAAGGUUUUGAUUUCCCUUUCUAGCAAUCCAACAAGCAGUUCUCUCUGAAAGUUUUCUUGGUCUUCCAGACCUCCACUGUUCCUGUUAACUGCCAUUUCUUAAUUACAUUUUGAAUAGAGGAAACGGCUACCUGAAAACACUUUGUUAACUUCUUAAAGCCUUCUUCUGCUUUGUGGGCAUCAUUUAUUUUAAUUUUCAGAGUGUUAGGCAGCUGCUUAGAGGAGCCCAUGGCUGCUGGUUGUUGGGACAAGGUUUGAGGAGUAUUUAUAAAGCUUUGAAAUUUGCAUCACCUGGUCUUUCCUAAUGAUGACUGAACAAGCCAUAGCCCUAACAAGCUAAUUAGGGUCUGAAACCUUGGUAAAAGUUAUCUGAAAGCUCAAAUCUCUUGGGGUGCCCAAACUUUUGCAUAGUUCUCCUUUCCUUUUUUUUCCACUCUAAAAUUGUACAAAACAAAAAUAAUACACUAAUCUUGCUUAAAAUGUUGAAAAGAAUAUUUCAUCUUUAACUUUGACUUUUGAAGAUCAAUUCAUCUUCUACUCACUUAACUAUUCACAGUAACAGAAAUUUUGACUGGGGUGCCCAAACUUUUGCAUGCCACUGUAUUUCCUUGAGGCAUUCUCAGUUUUUGAUGCAAGAUAGGAGAGGCCAUUAAUAAUUGGUGAGCUCUAUAUUGGACAGAGGGAAGGUCAGUAGGCUGAUAAUUGGUGACCACUAUAUGGUACAGAGGGGAGGAUAGUAGAAUGACAAUUGGUGACUGCCGUAUUGCACAGAGGGGAGGACGGUAAGCUGAUAAUUGGUGUGCGCUGUACUGCAUGGAGAGGAGGACAGUAGGCUGAUAAUUGGUUAGCAAUGUAUUACAUAGAGGGGAGGUCAGUAGGCUGAUGAGCUUUAAGUGUUUUCCGAGCAAUGAAUGGACGCCCAACUUGGGCUAGAAUGUCCACCUCUGCCUCCCGAUUACCUCCCCUAACUUUCCCUUACGCGCCACUUAUGGGAGCAAACUACCAGUGUAGUAGAAAAUUAUAUCUACCAAGUCUGCCUUUGGAAAAAUUAAAUACCAUUUUGGCUUAAGCCAAUUAUUUAACAGAAAUUUAUUAUGUUUCCCUUAUGAAAGUUUUAAAAACUUAUGAAAUUAUCAAGGAAGGGAAGCUAAGCUUAACUACUUGUCUUUUUUCAAGAAAUAGUGGCUAAAAAUUCAUUCUCUACUUAAAAGAGCAUUGACAAUUAUUUUUGGAUUAUUAUAUCUCCAGUUCACUGAUCAUUCUAACGUACUGUGAGCUGUAGAUAUAAUUUUUAUGCAGGGGUUCCCUGAGACCUGAAAAUUAUUUCAAGGGUUCCUCCAGGAUAAAAAGGUUGAGAAGGACUUCUCAAAACAAAAUUUGCUGUAUGGAGGAUUGAAACUCAACAGUUAAAAAGUUGCCCUUUCCUGGCCCAGACAGGUUGAUUGCAUUAUAUUAUCUCAGUAUUGAAACUAUUGCAAGCCUUAAUCACAGUGAAUUUAACAGGUUUUUAGCAGUAAACAUGAAGGGAAGAGCCAGAUGCUUUCUUGCAUAAGGCAGGUGGCGGGGUGAUGUAAAUAUAUUGAGUUCCAGGGCUUGGCAACACUCAGCAUCCAUUGAAUCUGCUGGCCAACUUGUGCAAUAUUAGAAGCAAAAAGGGUUUUGCAGUACAUUCAGAUCAAUUAAUACUGGAGUUAUUUCAAUGUUCUGGGCCUUUUCACAGUACAUUGGGCUGGAUUGGUGCGUUACUGAGUGAUUCCAAUGAAGUGGCUAGCACCUGUUAUCAGACGUAGCAACCCACAAAAGCUGCCUACAAGAAAGCUGUCAAUCAACAUCUGACUAAAGCAUACAACACAGUAGUUCACUAUCAGUAUUCCCGCACUCUGUUUAUACGCAGAAUAAGAAGUAAUUCUAGCAAAUCUGUCCCUCUGGUUAUUUCACAAUUUAUAAUAAUUAGAUGGGUCUUGAAAUUAACAUUUCAUUUUCAAAUUAUUAAAUGAUUUGCAAAAUGUGGAAAACUGAUGAAUUGCUAAAACACAGUUCUGUUUCUGAAUGUGUAUAAGAUCACACACUCAAUCUCACGCACAUUCACUCAUGUAUUCACUCACUCUAGCAGAGAGAGAGAGAGAGAGAGACACACAGUUUCUCCUUCCCAUUACGUCCCAACAAACUGAAUCUGUCAGUAGAUGGUUUGAGACUCUCUCUUGCAUUUACCAAUGGUCACCUACAGUGGUGGUGAGCUUGGAUAGGUCCCAUGAGUAAGCUUUGGCACAAGAAGUUGGAACUUGUAUUUAUUUAGUACCAUCAAUGCAAAUUGUCCUGAGCCAUUCAUAGGAUAGCAUCUAAAAAUGAACCGCACAAGAAUAACCAAAAGCUUCGUAGAAAUGCUUUUAGGAAGGUAGACAUGAGCAAGAAAGGAAGAAGUGGUAAGUUAGAGGGGUGGGAAUUAUCAAGUGAACGCCCUUGGCAGCUGACGUUUCAGGCCCAUCUGACAUCAAAAUGGUGGAGUGACCAAAUUUAGGGAUGUGGAAGAGGUCAGAAAUUGCAGGCAGAAAGGAGAAAUGGGUCAGAACUUGGAUAGGUGUGUCAGGAACUAUUAGUAAAGCAUCAAUAAACCACUAUUUGCUUCGUGGAGGAGAUUCUUUGGAGAAAGAAAUCCACCAAAUAAUUGAAAUAUUGUUCUAUAAAGUAUUGUAGGAAUGUUAUUUACACAGUACUUUGUUUUCAAUGACAGUAGUUGGAUAUAACUUACAAUUCAGUUAUAGAGACCAAGUGUUAUAUUCUUCACAUAGCACCAGUACAGGGAAGUGGGUACUUAACCGUUGGAUGGGAAGUGGGUCAGACCACUUUGCAUAUGAUUGGUGCCAUUCAGAAUGCCACUUAUUGAAGCUUCCUGCUACCAACAGGCUCGGGCAAGUAGGAUGAUUAUGUUGGCCAGGGAAACCUGCUUUCCCGAAGGCCACCACCAGCUUUCCUUUAAUUACAGCAGCAUCAGGGAGUGAACAGCUUUCGGGUGAUGAGAAGUGCAUUCUCAACACAGGUUCUGGCCAUGGUCACUUGAGUGGAGGAAGAUCAGAAUGUGAUUAUUUGCUUUUGACAACUUGUUAGAGACUACCUUGCUGAGACAAUUCAGGGUAAAUGACAGGGGUAUAAUUUGUAUUUGAAAUGUAAAGUACCUGACAGAGUGCCCAGCUGCAGAUUGCAGUUAGUAUUGAAUGUCUUUUUAUAAAGUACAUUUUUUUCUAAGGACUUCUGCCCAUGGAGUGCACACUUCUACAUUUUUAAAGAAAGUGUUUUUAAACCAUGUAACUGCUUAGCAGCAAAAAAACAAAGUGUUAGGGCUUGACUGUUGAAUGUUCUGUCACAGGAAUGAUAACUGCUUUUUUUAUAUACAGUAUAUGCCAUGUUUUAACUGUAAAGCUAUUUUAAUUCAACUUUUGUGUAUAAACAAUGAUUUUUUUUUGAAGACCAGAAAAUCUGUUACUGUGUCCGCAUGUGAAAUGCUACAAGCUGAAGGCAGCUAUCAAUAAACUACAGUUCCUCGGGCAGGCUGAGGGCUUGACGGCCA